ACAGUGACAUCAUUCCACCCAUAAAGGACAACACAUCGUUGACUGUUUUGUUUUUGGUAAACUAUGAACUGAUCAUCGGUUUGUUUAUUUGCUGGGUAGCAGUUGCAUUCAUUGUAGUAAAAGGCCUUCGUAUUCUGAGUCAUAUAGGCUGUUUUCUAGGAUUCGUCACUUUCGCUGUUCUGAUUGUGUUAUUUGCCCAGACCGUACUUAUGCCGAAUGGAUGGGAUGGCGUUUUACAACUGUUUCAACCUGACUGGAAAGAAUUCCAAAGUCUGGAGAUUUGGUAUCACGCAUUGGUGCAAGUCUUCUUUUCAUUAGGCAUUUGUUUUGGACCUACCACUAUGUUUGCUUCUUUCAACAAAUUUUCCUAUAAUAUGUUUACGGAUAUUCUGAUCACGACUUCAGUCAACGCUUUGCUUACUAUAGCUGUUGGGUGCACCUUUUUUGCUGCUGCUGGAAAUUUAGGACAAACGUCACAUGCGAACUUUGAGGACCAUUUUCAAAAUGUCUUCAUCUACUAUUCAGAAGCAAUUGCGAAGUUUGAUUAUGUGCCGCAGAUAACUUCUUUGUUGUUAUUUUCACUAAUUUUUCUUCUGGGCAUCGCAAGUAUUUCGGCGCUUAUGUUCUUCGUGGUGCAAAUGCUACGUGACGAAUUCCUCAUCAAGAAGGCAUCGAAACUGGCAGUUCCCCUGACACUGAUAGCAUUUUUAUUUAGCAGCGUCUACACAACGCCGAUUGGCAAAAAUGUUGCUAAUCUACUGGACCUCUACGGGGUUCCGUAUGCCAUCGGAUUCAAUGCAGUCCUUGAACUGAUCGCAUUUGACUGGAUAUAUGGUGUAAAGAGGAUUUGCGACGAUAUCGAAUUCAUGUUUGGCUUCAGAACCAGGUCGAUAUGGCGAAUGGCGUGGUAUACGAUACCAGUUUCAAUUAUCAUACUUCUGGCUUAUCAGUUGGUUUAUGAUGGAAUACAGUCCGGAGUAUCUUCUGCUCAGAAAGUGACAAUGGAUUUCGUGGGUUAUGCUACUGGGUGGGGUUUUAUAGUUUUUAUAAUAUUUACUAUUUGGCUAUGGGGUUCAUACGUUGUAUUCAAACAGCCUAAAGGACCGUUUAUUAAGCGGGUAAAGGCAGCCUCACGACCUGAACCCAACUGGGGACCAGCCGAGUCGUCCUUGCUCUUAAAUUAUCGAUACUUCACUUUAAAAAAGGACAAUAUUACUACUUGAGAAUGUUUGAUAAAUUUUUGAUGGAAUGACUGUUGUUGGUUCGAAGGAAGUGUGAAAUAUAUUGACUGUGUGUUA